ACCACCUGGCCAGAUGGAGGUCACCCCAGGGAUCAUGGAUGAGAAUGCCAGCAGCUCCCUUUCUGUGUUUGACCCCUACGGAGCCUCUGCUGCUUCCUUCCCCUUCAACUUCAGCUAUGGAGACUAUGAUAUGCCGUUGGAUGGAGAUGAAGAUAUGACCAAUUCCUCGACUUUCUUUGCUGCCAGGAUUGUCAUUGGCAUGGCCCUGGUGGCUAUCAUGCUGAUCUGUGGCAUUGGCAACUUCAUCUUUAUUGCUGCCUUGGCCCGCUACAAGAAGCUGCGCAACCUUACCAACCUGCUCAUUGCCAACCUGGCCAUUUCGGACUUUCUGGUGGCCAUAGUCUGCUGCCCCUUUGAGAUGGACUACUAUGUUGUACGCCAGCUUUCCUGGGAGCACGGCCAAGUACUGUGCAUCUCUGUCAACUUCCUGCGCACAGUCUCUCUCUACGUCUCCACCAAUGCCCUUCUGGCCAUCGCCAUUGACAGGUAUCUGGCCAUCGUCUACCCGCUGAGGCCCCGGAUGAAGUGUCAAACCGCCAUCGGCCUGAUCGCCUUGGUGUGGGCCGUGUCCAUCCUCAUCGCCAUCCCGUCUGCCUACUUCACGACCGAAACGGUCCUGGUCACCGUCAAGAGCCGGAAGAAGAUCUUCUGCGGCCAGAUUUGGUCGGUGGACCAGCAGCUCUACUACAAGUCCUACUUCCUCGUUAUCCUGGGUGUGGAGUUCGUGGGCCCGGUGGUCACCAUGACGCUUUGCUACGCCAGGGUGUCUCGCGAGCUGUGGUUCAAGGCAGUGCCGGGCUUCCAGACCGAGCAGGUGCGCAAGCGGCUGCGCUGCCGCAGGAAGACGGUGCUGGUGCUCAUGGGCGUGCUCAGCGCCUACGUGCUGUGCUGGACGCCCUUCUACGGCUUCACUGUGGUGCGCGACUUCUUCCCCGCAGUGUUCGUCAAGGAGAAGCACUACCUCACCGCCUUCUACGUGGUGGAGUGCAUCGCCAUGAGCAACAGCGUCAUCAACACUGUGUGCUUUGUCUCCGUCAAGAACAACUCCAUCAACUGCUUCAGGAGGCUCGUGCUGCUCCACUGGAAGGCUUCGUACAACGGGGGCAAGUCCAGCGCAGACCUGGAUCUCAAAACUACCACAAUGCCGGCCACGGAGGAGGUGGACUGCAACAGACUGAAGUAA